GCUCAAUUCCAAACCAACACCCUUUUAAUAUUCGUCGUCCCACUUGUAUUUGCAGGGCCGAUCUAUUUCAUUUACAGUUCAAAAUUAAGCAGCUGUUCAUCAAAAGUCAAACAAAACAAUGCUGCUCAAAAUCUCCAUGGCCUACUCCACUUCUCCAACCAGGCCGGAAAAUAUAACGGUGGAUAAGCGCUAUCGCCCUGCAAAACAAGUGCAUUUUCAGAAAACGCAUUCCAUGCCGCCGCACAAGGCGGAGAUAUUCAAAUCCUUGGAGAGUUGGGCUGAGAAUAAUCUACUAGCUCAUCUAAAACCUGUAGAAAAAUGCUGGCAGCCGCAGGAUUUUCUUCCGCAGCCUGAUUCUGAAGGCUUCUACGAGCAGGUGAAAGAAUUACGGGAAAGAUCAAACCAACUUUCCGAUGAUUAUCUGGUGGUUCUGGUCGGUGAUAUGAUCACAGAAGAGGCGGUUCCGACGUACCAGUCGAUGCUGAACUCGCUGGACGGAGUAAAAGACGAGACAGGCGCCUCUCUUACUCCAUGGGCUAUCUGGACUCGAGCUUGGACUGCUGAGGAGAACAGACAUGGUGAUCUUCUGAACAAGUAUCUCUACCUCACGGGUCGGGUCGACAUGAAGAAGAUUGAAAAAACUAUUCAAUAUCUCAUUUCCUCAGGAAUGGAUCCGAAAUUCGAAAACAACCCGUAUCUUGGAUUUAUGUACACCUCAUUCCAGGAGAGAGCAACUUUUAUCUCACAUGGCAACACUGCCAGAUUGGCUAAACAGCAGGGAGACGUCAAACUAGCUCAGAUUUGCGGGACCAUCGCUGCCGACGAGAAACGACACGAGACUGCUUAUGUGGAGAUCGUCGACAAGCUAUUCGAGAUUGAUCCGGAUGCUACGGUGUUGGCAUUCGCCGAUAUGAUGAGAAAAAGAGUUCAGAUGCCGGCGCACUUAGUGUACGACGGGGAAGAUGAUAAUCUUUUCAAACACUACUCAGGUGUGGCCCAGAGAAUCGGAGUUUAUACCGCGAAAGAUUAUGCGGACAUUUUGGAGUUUCUGGUGCGGAGAUGGAAGGUGGAGGCGCUGACAGGGCUGUCCGGUGAGGGACGUAGAGCUCAGGAUUUUGUAUGCGGGUUAGGACCUAGAUUCAGAAAAUUGGAGGAAAGAGCUCAGGAAAGAGCAAGCAAAGAAGUAACUGUUCCAUUCAGUUGGAUCUUUGGCAGACAACUUAAAGUUUGACGGGUAUGUGUAGGGUUAAAAUAUAUUGCGGUAACUGAACUAUACACUUCUCUAUAAAAUAAUUAUCGACGUUUCUAUCAAACUUUCAUUUUUUUUAAACCGAAGGUUAUUUAAUUAAUUACGAUCAUUGAUUGUCUAUAUAGUCGAUGUAUUGCUGGAUAUCUUGUUUUACAUACAUAAGCAAUAUGUCGCCCAUUUAGACAGUUAUAGGCCGUAAUUGAUUGAGUAUAUGUCGUGAUGGAUACCGAAUCCUAUUGUAAAUAUAAUGGAGCCGAGUCGCAGGAGAUCCACUCUCAGACGAUACCGGACUCCCCCUGAAGACCGAAAGAUAUGAAGGAAAUACCGAAUCACUAAGAUUCGGUAACACGCUAAUAAAGACCGAAUCCCAUAUGAUCCGCCAAGAGCGCGUCAGGUCCGGGAUUCGGGUAAACGACUAAGUAUGGAAAUAUUGUCCUAUUCGGACACAAACACUACAUAUGGAAAGAUAAGCUCUACUUUAGGAAGAUAAGACUAUUUAGGAAGACGUUCCUAAAUAGGACUCUUAUCAGAUUAAGGUAGAUCCCGACAAAUCAGGAGAAUAUCUACGAUAUGGCCGAAUCCCUACAAAGUAGGAUUCACCUGCCUAAUACAACUCUACUAGGUAUAUUCGACUACUAUAAAAGGAGCACGAGGUAUGCCUAGAAUCACAAUUACAUUCAUAUACUCCAAACGCUGCUCAAAGCUCUAAACUGACUUUAGCAUCGGGGAGUUAAUCGGACAACCACCGUCCGGUUAGCUUCUACCCUGUUUUGCAGGUUCACUCACCGGUUCAGAAGGCAGACUCCAUCAUGUCGUAUUUUUAAAAAAUAUGUUUAUUAAAUUAUAUAAAGUGAAACGUUGAUAACAGUUUUAUAAAAAGUGUAUAAUUCAAUAACCGUAAAACAAUAUUUAAUCUGAAUGUAUACAUGUGUAUAGCUAGCUAGCCAGCACUUAAUAUGCAGUUGGUUCUAAAUAUGACUAAUAAAGCAUAAAAAUCGGGUUUAUUUUUAAUGGUAUUAUAAAAAAGAGUUUAACGUUAUCAA